GUUGAUGCCAGGUAGUCUGCCAACAUCUUGGGCCAUGUCACUGAACCGCCCGUGCCAUGGCAAGCAUUCCAUUGCGGCCACCUGGACUACCAGCUGGACUACCAGCUGGGCUACCAGUGGCACCGCUGACUUCCCAACGCAGACUGAGACCAGUGGUAUUUCCAAAACCGCCCGGCCGUCCGUACCGGGUCCAACGUGCCGCUGGCGCGGCAUUCGUUGGAGUCAUUUGGACUGCGGCAGCGGCCUCGCUGGCGGUGGAGAGCAGAACCACGCUGGGGAAGAGGGUGACAAGUCCCUUGCUGUCGUUCUUUCUUGGCUGGAUGUUGAGAAGCUUGAAACUCCUGCCACCGAUGCAUCCAGUGUAUGACAGCCUUGCAUCGCGGUUGCUUCCUGCAGCUUUGCCUUUGAUGGUGCUCUCUGCCCAAAUACGACCGCAGCGAUCCGUCUCACGAGAUAGGCACGAUCUUUUUCUGAUGCUCCUGGCCUUUAGCGUGUGUUCGUUUGCUUCCUGUGGUGGUGCGCUGGCCGCCUUUCUGCUCGGCCGUGCAUGGCUGGAUGUGCCGCGGACUGUGGUUUCCAAAGUUUGUGGAUGCCUCACAGCUACCUACAUUGGUGGCAGUGCCAAUCUUGCCGAAGUGGCUUUCGACUCCGGCCUGGCCAAGGAAGGGGGCGGAAUUUUGGCGUGUUUGGCAGCGGCGGAUGUCUUGCUGAUGUGUUUCUACUUUGCGGGUUUGGUGUUGGUGGCAAAUGCGUAUAAGCUCGGCAAGCAAAGAGCUACAUCAAAGGUGUCGAGAGCGCCUUGGGAUUUGACCACCUCCAGGAGAUCUUUCAUGGACAAUGUGAAAGACUGGUUGCUUCACUUGCCAAUGGGAAUGCUGGCACUGUCCAUCCCGUUGAUCUCCAAGAUUUUGGCGGCAGACCUACACGCAACUGCUGCGACUUCGGCCAUUUCCGUGGCACUGGCAGCUGCAAUUGCUCAGUCUGGACGCCGGAUGUCAGUGGAGAGACGAAGAGCUGUAGCCAAAAGCACCACUUACAUGGCCACGUUGUUUCUGGGAUGCUUCUACACAACACUAGGCAUUUGUGCUGGCAGUGGCAUUGGUGCUGUUCAUAUUUUUCUCCUUUCCACAGUGGUCUUGCUGGGGCACCUCGUCUUGGCCUUCCUUGGCUGUGAACUUCUCAAUGUGGCCUGUGGCAGGAGGAUCAUCAAACUGCCCAUUUUCCUGGUAGCCAGCAAUGCGGCUGUGGGUGGACCCUCCACAGCUACAACCUUCGCAGAGUCCCUGGAAUGGACCGAGUUGGUUGUGCCAGCUGCAGUGUGCGGCACUCUCGGCUAUGCACUUGGAACGCCUGUUGCAUUUGCAUUGAUGAAGUGUUUUUCCUCCUUCACAUGACCAGUGUGCUCCUGUCACUUUCUAUUGGCCCUUGGCUUCGUCACCUGAGUCGCCGCAAAGGGUGGUGCAAGGGACUUCAGAUUGGUGCAGUAUGCUGCAGUGCCGCAGUGGAAUCCUGAUGAGCUGCGCUCUUCAACAGGCGUCAGAGCACUUGGCUGAUCGGUGGACUGCGUGCAGUUUCUAUGGAGCCAUUGGGGCUGCAGUGGAAGCAACAACUCUAUCCAUUGCAUGCUGUUCGUGUAGAACAGAUGUAUAUAGAUAGGUUGAAAAAUUAAGCCUCCCCAACCACCAUUGACUGGCUUAACAUUUGAGACCGGUGAAAUUGUGAUUGAUAUGUUCGGUAGCUACUUCUGCGUCUCACUCUCAUAUCUCUUCGGAGCUUUUUGAUUCUUUUGUUGAGACGGUGUCAACUUUGUACCCGAACUGCGGCCCUGUUCAAAGUGGGCAAA